AUGCUAUCUGAUUAUGUUUUAUCUCCUGUUCGUUUUGAUGUUAGGGAGAAAGGAGCUGAUGUGUUAGAUGAUCUUGUGGUACCUGACUUGGAAACAAUCAUGAAUGUUUAUGAAAGUGGUGAAUUGGUAGCUCUUCAGCAUGAGAUCAAGCGUGAUCUAAAUGCUUACUUCUCCAACUUGCUUAAAUCCCCAGUCAGGUCAUUAGCUGAUGUCAUUGCCUAUAAUAAAGAACAUGCAACAGCGGAAAUGUUGGAAGAAUAUGGACAGGAUUUUUUUGAAGAUGCCCAAGAAACUGUCCUGCCAAGUAAUGCAUACACAGAGGCAAUCCAGAAGUUAGAAAACCUUGUAAAGGGCUUUGAGAAGUUCAUGAUGGAUAAUAAUUUGGAUGCAUUUGUGGCUCCAGAAUCCAAUGGAGGAUCCAUUCUAGCAAUUGGAGGGCAUCCCGGCAUAACAGUGCCUGCAGGUUUUAACCCUAAGAAUGUUCAUGCUGGUUCUGAUCCCAAGGGUGUGCCCAUUGGGAUCCUGUUUGGUGGGGUUAAAGGAUCAGAGGGAACACUGAUAGAGAUUGCUUAUGCAUUUGAACAAGCAACCAAGAUAAGGAAGCCCCCAAUUAUACCAUCUUAAGCUGCAUAAUUUGAAUUGCUUCGGAAUUCUUGUUUGAGGUAAGCAGGAACUCAUUUCCAUUGCUUCUUCUUAGCCAAUAUAGUUGAAAGCAUAGACUCUGUUCUAUCCGAGGGAAAAACUCAGGUACCAACAUGUGAUACAGGUUCUUGUCUUAUACAUGACAUGAUUGCUAGAAACCUGUAGGGGAACUCUUAUAUCA